AUCGAUGGAAGCCCGAUUUGGUGGCCACAACAACUUUUGGUCCUGCCCACGUUGCACGACAUGAAUGAAGGCCCAAAUUGUCGCAUCCUCGUAGUCGCAUCCUCAAAGGAGAUUGGAGCUUCUUUGAUCAAACGAAUCAGGAAGAGCGACGAAGGAACGGAUGGGGAGCGUAUCAAAUGGGAGAUAUCGAAUAAAUAUUACGACGCAGAAGUCCAUUUUCACCAUGUUCCUUGGAAGACAGCUCCAAGUUCACUGGAGCAGGGAAUACCUGCUGUCGACUAUGAGUAUAUGCUGGGUAGAUAUACGUCAGAAUGGGAGAAGCUGAAUGCGGAAGUGAUGCUUGCUGUGGCUACUGGAUCCGGCAACCUCGAGAUAGACGCCGCGGAGGACUUUUGCUCUGAAGUCGGGUUUGAAUUCAUAGAUGCAGGGGAUGACGACGAAGAAAUUCCACCCGAUGAGGCGCUACAAACUAUUAUGUGGCCGACCAUGCGACGCAAAGCAACAAAGUCUCAUAAAUCUCAAGCCUCCAUAGAGAAGUCGAAAGGUCCCGUAGAGCGAGUGCAAGCGUCCGACAUGGAAAAGGAAAAGGCCAACUUGGAAGCGUGGCUUGAAUCCGAUGAUCCCUGGCCAAAACGAACCACCGAAACUGCUGCUGGUCUCACAUUCGAGGAUGAUUUUGCAGAGUUCGUCUCUGCGCCUCAGGAUUCAACGGCGACUACUCCAGCCCCGGCCACACCUAGCGCCAUAAUUGGCAACAAAGCUGAGGACGAAAAAGAUCACGACUCUGACGACCUGGAAUUUGAGUUUAGACCAGAUGAUGACGAUUAUCGCGAGCUUUUGGACGACGAAAUGCCCUCGGCUCAAGAAAUCCUGAUGACUUCACAAAGGCUUUUUGGUCGAUCUCUUGCCUCACAGACGGAUAAGGAUGAAGGAGGUGAAGAAGGAGAAGAUGUUGUGGGAGAGUACGACUUAGGCAGUCUCAUGGCGGCUUUGCAAAGCAUGAAGGAGGAGAUAGCAGACAUUACCGACGAGGAGGAAAAGCGCAAAGCUGCGGCGAGAGUGGCUUUAGGUUUGGUAUGGGGUCUUGAAGGUGGAAAAGGACUCUAA